CCCAUUUUCCAAAACCCACGCGCAUUCUCUCUUAGCUAUAUUAGCUACUUUACUCAUGUAACACUCUUUCUUUCCAUUUCCUUCAAUUCAAACACCAAUUAAAUUUCACUUACCUAUUUUGUUCAUUUCCGUUUUGUAUAAAUAAUAACACACACACACACUAUUCUUUACGCGUUUUCUCUCUUUCUCUCAAAUUAAUCCGAUCUAGGGUUUCUCUUGUUCUUAGUUCUCCUCCUCUGAAGAAGAAGAAGCUGCGAUGGCGAAUCAGCAAAACCUCGAGAAAAUGCAAGUCCGGCAAAAUUACCGGAAUCUCUGGCACACCGAUCUCAUGAGAACAAUUCAAGUCGAUACUCCAUAUUGCUGCUUCUCGCUGUGGUGUGCGCCAUGUGUAUCAUACUUGCUUCGGAAACGAGCCCUUUAUGAUGAUAUGUCGAGAUACACAUGUUGUGCUGGUUACAUGCCCUGCAGUGGUAGGUGUGGAGAAAGUAAAUGUCCUGAAUUUUGCCUUUGUACUGAGGUUUUCCUCUGCUUUGGAAAUUCAGUUGCCUCAACUCGCUUUCUGUUGCAAGAUGAAUUUAACAUUCAAACUACGCAGUGUGAUAAUUGCAUUAUUGGUUUCAUGCUUUGCCUUAACCAAGUUGCUUGCAUAUUCUCUAUUGUUGCCAUGAUUGUGGGAAGUGAGGAAAUUUCAGAGGCUUCUCAGAUUUUAUCUUGUUUGGCUGACUUUGUGUACUGCACAGUGUGUGCGUGCAUGCAGACUCAGCACAAGGUUGAAAUGGACAAGCGUGACGGGAAGUUUGGACCUCAACCAGUAAUGUCAGUGCCCCCUCCUCAGCAGAUGUCUCGCAUUGAUCAGCCAGUUCCUCCUUCGGUUGGGUAUGCACCACAACCAGGAUAUGGGCAGAAUUAUGGUUAUCCACCUGCCCCACCACCUGCUCAGGGCUAUCCAGCUACUGGUUACCCCCCUCCUGCUUAUCCUCCACAACAAGGAUAUCCCCCUACUGCUUAUCCUCCGCAACAAGGAUACCCCCCUACUGGUUAUUCUAGGUGAUAAAUAAAUUUAGGGUCGCUUGUGCUGGCCUAGGCACCUAUUCAUUGUUUCAGUAAACAGUGUUUUCUUCAAGUUCAUACAUUUGCAGCUAUAUCAAAGGAGUCAUAUGUGUGUGGUGAAAAUGCACUGGCUAGAUUGAUUGUUAUUUGCAUUUUCCUCUACUUUUUUUUUUUGGACAUGAGAUUACAUACUUCGACUUCGAUUUGUAUAUUGGUGGUUAUAUAAUCUUGUUUGGUUUUGGUGGUUA